CUCGGCGCCCGGCGGCGGCGGCGGCGGCGGCGGCGGAGACGGCCACGGCCGCAGGAGGCGCCGUCUCCCUCCCAGGUGCGCGCUUCGCUCCCGGAGCCGCGGUGCUCGGCGGCCGCCAUGGCGUCCAACAUGGACCGGGAGAUGAUCCUGGCGGAUUUUCAGGCAUGUACUGGCAUUGAAAACAUUGAUGAAGCUAUUACAUUGCUUGAACAAAAUAAUUGGGACUUAGUGGCAGCUAUCAAUGGUGUAAUACCCCAGGAAAAUGGCAUUCUACAAAGUGAUUAUGGAGGUGAGACCAUACCAGGCCCUGCAUUUGAUCCAGCAAGUCACCCAGCUCCAGCUACUACUCCCUCCUCUUCUUCAGCGUUUCGACCUGUGAUGCCAUCUAGGCAGAUUGUAGAAAGGCAACCUCGUAUGCUGGAUUUCAGAGUUGAGUACAGAGACAGAAAUGUUGAUGUGGUACUUGAAGACAGCUGUACUGUUGGAGAAAUUAAACAGAUUCUAGAAAAUGAACUUCAGAUUCCUGUGUCUAAAAUGCUGUUAAAAGGCUGGAAAACUGGAGAUGUGGAGGACAGUACGGUCUUAAAAUCCCUACACUUGCCAAAAAACAACAGCCUUUAUGUCCUUACACCAGAUUUGCCACCACCUUCGUCAUCUAGUCAUGCUGGUGCCCUGCAGGAGUCAUUAAAUCAAAACUUCAUGCUGAUCAUCACCCACCGAGAAGUCCAGCGGGAGUACAACCUGAACUUCUCAGGAAGCAGUACCAUUCAGGAGGUAAAGAGAAAUGUGUAUGACCUUACAAGUAUACCCGUUCGACAUCAGUUAUGGGAGGGCUGGCCACCCUCUGCUACAGAUGACUCAAUGUGUCUUGCUGAAUCAGGGAUCUCUUAUCCCUGCCACCGACUUACUGUGGGAAGAAGAUCUUCACCUGCACAGACUCGGGAGCAGUCAGAAGAACAAAGCACCGAUGUUCAUAUGGUUAGUGAUAGCGAUGGAGAUGACUUUGAAGAUGCUACAGAAUUUGGGGUGGAUGAUGGAGAAGUAUUCGGCAUGGCGUCAUCUGCCCUGAGAAAAUCUCCAAUGAUGCCAGAAAACGCAGAAAAUGAAGGAGAUGCCUUAUUACAAUUUACAGCAGAGUUUUCUUCAAGAUAUGGUGACUGCCAUCCUGUAUUUUUUAUUGGCUCAUUAGAAGCUGCUUUUCAAGAGGCCUUCUAUGUGAAAGCCCGAGAUAGAAAGCUUCUUGCUAUCUACCUCCACCAUGAUGAAAGUGUACUAACCAACGUGUUCUGCUCACAAAUGCUUUGUGCUGAAUCCAUUGUUUCUUAUCUGAGUCAAAAUUUUAUAACCUGGGCUUGGGAUCUGACAAAGGACGCCAACAGAGCAAGUUUGGCAAUGUCUGUGUUGUUAGGUAACACAACAGUGGAUGAGUUAAUGAUGAGACUCAUGGCUGCAAUGGAGAUCUUCUCAGCACAACAACAGGAAGAUAUAAAGGAUGAGGAUGAACGUGAAGCCAGAGAAAAUGUGAAGAGAGAGCAAGAUGAGGCCUAUCGCCUUUCACUUGAGGCUGACAGAGCAAAGAGGGAAGCUCAUGAGAGAGAGAUGGCAGAACAGUUUCGUUUGGAGCAGAUUCGCAAAGAGCAAGAAGAGGAACGUGAGGCCAUCAGACUCUCCUUAGAGCAAGCCCUGCCUCCAGAACCAAAGGAAGAAAAUGCUGAGCCUGUGAGCAAACUGCGGAUCCGUACCCCCAGUGGCGAGUUCCUAGAGCGGCGUUUCCUGGCCAGCAAUAARCUCCAGAUUGUCUUUGAUUUCGUUGCUUCUAAAGGAUUUCCAUGGGAUGAAUUCAAGUUACUGAGCACCUUUCCUAGGAGAGAUGUAACUCAGCUGGACCCCAAUAAAUCACUAUUGGAGGUAAAAUUGUUCCCUCAAGAAACCCUUUUCCUUGAAGCAAAAGAGUAAACACAGCUCAGCGGUGGAACCAGCCUUUCCUUGACAAGCCAGAGGCCUGUGUCAAGAGAUGGGCUCCUCGCCAACCCACCCACACGCUCGUCUCACUCAAUUCAAUGUCACACUUCUGCCUCUUGCAAGAUUGCUGGAAAAAAAAAAAGUAAUAAUAAACAUAGCUACUUAAAAUUUCCCAUCCAUGAGUAUAUGUUCCCAGCCCUUAUUCCAGAGAAUUGCAACUCUGCCACCCUCCCCUAUCCCCUGCACUUCACCCUUGUUCAAUGACUAAUGUACUGUUCAAGUGUGAGUGAUCACUAGUAGAAUUUUUACCUCUCCAGUGCCUAUUUUUUCCCCACAGUGUCAAGGACAGUUCUGUCUGUCCUGUGACACCAGGAUACUGUGUAUUUGAUAUGUCUCAUUGAGCCAAGACUCACACCUCUGCCUUUUUAUUUUCAUGACUGGAUUUCUACUUUGUCACCUACUUUUAAGAGGCAGGGAGGGAGUCAAAUGGGACAUUCUUGGCAUGGAGAUUAAACGUUGUAGGAAAAAAAAUGUAUAUCAUUUUUGUUGGUACUUUCUGACUUCUUUACUGAGAUAAAAGGUUUUGUUUGAGGAUUGGUUUGACAUAUAUGCAAGAUAUUUAUUCACUGCUGCUGCCUUGGGUCUCCAGGUUCCAUCUAGGAGCCAAAUGGGAAAUUGUUCAAGUAUACAUGUGAAUGUUGAAAUAGUGUACAGAGGGGACUACUACCCAGACUUUGGUAUCUGGCUCAGCUGUGGGAAGCUGCUGUUGGGUUUGGAUUUGGGCAGUAAGGACCCCAUAGAUACCAACUCCCACAUUGCUGGUCCAUCAGUAUACACUGAGCACAGUUCUCUCUUGCUCUUGUCUCCCUCUACUUCUUCAAGCAUUCAAACCUUAUCACCUGGUGUUUUAAGCACCUUUUCUAUUGCCAAAAUCUGACCGGCUAUCCCUCCAGCUCUCCUACAUUARAGAACUUGCUCUGCUAUUUCACUAUUUUAACAUUAGAUAUUGAAAGGAGCAAAUCUGGGGGCUCAGCCCAGAAGACACAUGUUACCUGAAUCCACAUGUAAUAAUUUGGGGUUUGAUUUAGUAAUUGUGGAUUUUGCUAACUAUGGAUUUGGGGUUUGGAGUAAUUCAUGGAACACUGUUUAUAUACCUUCACAGCCAAUGAUUUCCUUUUGGUCUUGGAAUAUUCUCCAUAGCUGUUUUUGUGUCACCUGUUGUCUUUAUCCUAGGGUUUGAGAUCCCAAUUUUUACGUUUUUUACUUGAGCAAAAGAGAACGUAAGAGCUUAAGUUUAUUCCCCUGACUCUGGCAAGGGGUUCUCAGAAGACUCUAACCAAAACUGGAGAUAUGCCUAGUUAGUUUCCCUCUGACCAGAAGUGUGUGUAGGCCAAGAAAGUCCCACCUUGUGUAUUUUCUCUGAUAUUCCACUAGGGACUUCCCCUGAAAACUCUCUUAAAAAGAGAUGUGUUCCUAACUGACUACUCUUUAUCUGCCUAUAUGUGGACCUUCUCUGGCUCCAGGGAGACUGAAAGGGAGACCCACCGUAGGGGGAGUUCAAGCUGAGUACUUUGUCUCCAGCUCCACUCCUUCCUUCUAAAUCUAGUGACUCUACCACACAGUCAUUCUUGGUGCUACAGACCCACCAGGGCAACAGCUCUUUUCCCAGGUGGACCUUGUUCUGUAGCUGCUGUGGAGAAGUGGCAGCCUGAACUCAGGCCAUACUCAGGAACAGCAGCCAGAGUGUAGGUAAGUGUUUAAGAGAAGGGUCUCUGAAUUCACCUUCAUGCUUAAUUAACCUUUCCUGUCAUUCCCCUUCAAUUCUGUAUCCCAACAAUAUAGACUUUACUCUGAAACCAAUUUUAUAAAAGUUAUUAAAUGUUACAUGAAUGUGUGAAGUUGAUAUGCCCUUUUCAAUCCUGUCUUGGAAAGUUCUCAGUCUACCCAGCCCCAUGAACUCCCUGUCCUCUAGGCCCUCAGCUAAUUGUCACUGUUCACUUGUAACCUUCUGGUCUACUGAGCUCCAGAACAGGAGGCCAAAGCAAUUUUAUACCUUUUCAUGCAAACACAACAUUAAAAUGACUUUGUUCUCA